UAGCCAGCUUCAAUGUAAACACGGAAGGCUAACUUGGAAAAAUAGUGCGCUGUGGGGAGUGUUUCAGUAUAUGACGUGCACUAUGUCAUAUAACAGUUAAGAGUGGGGUAUUUUAUUUCUAUUUAUAAACGCAAGCAAUUGUUUUUAUCUUGUAAUUUUAGAAGGAUUAUUUUAGCUAACAAACGUUAGCCAGCUUGUACUGUUCUCAGCCAGCAGCAGUUAGCUGGCUUGCUAACUACCGUUUACAUUUACGAAUGUGUUAUUUUAACUUUAGAGUGGUGAGAAAGAAUGGUCGAAUUGCUGAAAAUGACCUCUUUUAUGAAUAUAACUCAGACUGUCACAACGUAGAUGGAUUACUUUCGAGCUCAUUUGUAAGGCAACCAUAGGAAGUUGCCUAUAGUUAGCAUCAGUUUAUUCAGCGCAUUCGACUUAUCGUUGCCUACUUUACCAUAUUUGACGCAACCCUUUUAGAAGCAUUAGUGAUAUUAUUUGAAACGUUAUUUCAGUAGGUUUUUACAAUAAUGAAGCUUUCUCGAGCAGAAUAUAAAACCAUAGCGAAAUUUAUGGAACAACUCAGACCCACACGUCAGUAUAUGAAAAUUCUAAAGGACAAAUUUCCCAGUCACUCGCAGUCCACUCUGCUGAGCCUCUUCUCCCUGGAGUACCAGAAAAGAAUAAAAAGGACGAUUUCAAAGCAUCAUGCCCCAGAAGCUAUCGAAAGCUACUACCAAAGCUACGUGACCGCGGCGAAGACCCAUCCCUCAUCCGCCGUCCUGUUGGACUUGGCCAAUGAGGUGGAUUUCUCCCCUUCCUUGAUGGCGCGUGCUAUCCUGGAGAGGUUUCUGGAGGAACGAGAUGGCGUACCGCCCACCAAACCACUCAUAAACAGCAUGCUGCGGGACCCGUCUUUAAUUUCUGACCACCAUCUUGCAAACCAUGUCUACCAGUGCACAGUAAAUGACUGCUGUUAUGGACCGUUGGUAGACUGCAUCAAACAUGCCAUUGGCCAGGAGCAUGAGAUCCUUCUCCGUGACAAGCUGAGGGAGAGAAACCUGUCCUUUUUAGAUGAAAAUCAACUCCGGGCUAAGGGCUAUGACAAGACUCCAGACAUCAUCCUGGAGGUGCCAAUAGCUGUUGAGGGCCACAUCGUUCACUGGAUUGAGAGCAAGGCGUCCUUCGGGGACGAAUGCAGCCACCGCACCUACCUGAACGAGCAGUUCUGGAGUUACUGGAACAGGUUCGGCCCGGGGUUAGUCAUCUACUGGCACGGCUUCAUCGAGGAGCUGGACUGCAACCGGGACAGAGGCAUCCUGUUGGGGGACCGCUUCCCCUCAGACGUUGUAACCCUAUGCCACGGGACCGGCCAGGGCUGAGGAGGGGGGAGGAGGUGAAUCCGGAAGCAAUUUCGCUUUCCUGUGGUGCGAAACUACUGGCAAACAUCUGCCCUGAACUCCCACUGAACUCCCGUCAGCCAGGGUCAGGCUCCUACCUCCUUCUCUUCUUUUUUUCAGAAAAGGCGCUCUGCGUUUCUGUUUAGGCUCAGCUCUCGGCCUCGGAGAGCAUCCCAGGAGCGGACAGACGAGUCCCCCUCCUUAUCGCCGACCCCCGUCUCCCCCCCCCCCUGUCCCAGGCGUCAACGACGGGGGCCAUCCGUCUUCCUGCCCCCUCGGUCUCUCCGCGGGGGACAGACACCUCGUGCUGAUAGGGCUGCUUUUAAAAGUUAGGCUCGGUGGUCUUUCCUUGUCUUUUUCGCCCGAAGAAUGUGUCACGGUGUCACACGGUUUUAAGUGCUUUUUUUAAUUGAGUGAUAAUCCCUACCCUUUUUUUAGAGAUAUGUUUUAACCGCCUUAAGAAUGCACAUUUGUUUCAGCUUGGCUGACUGCCGUCCGUUGUUUUAAAAGUUUGAGCUCCUGUAAUUCUGUUUGCAUGCGCCCAUAACCAAGAUGAACUGACUGAAAUAAAAGUGUUUCUCGA